AUAGACGAAUCAUAUUCUACAUCCUCAAUACUAAUCUCUUCAAUUGGGAGCUUUUUUUGUCCGAAUUUCCAGCUAUAAUCUCUGGUCACCGCCUCAUCGUCCCCGAAACUCUGAAUCCGCAUCGCGCCCCCCGCCUUCUCCCAGGAGGCCGUCGAACGGCUCUCGCCUAGUAGUCUAAGGUGCGCUGCCAUCGGGCGAGUUUAUCAAGGAUGCAGCCAUCACCGAUGCGCGGCAGCUCUCAGCAGCAGCCGCAGCACUCGCAACCCUCUUCCCAACAAUCCUUCUCCAUGAGCCAGCCGUCCUCCCAAACGACAGGGUACCGGCAGUACGCCGACAUGCCCCAAAAGUCACAGACCGAACCAGAUAUGGGAAUCUAUUCGGCCGUCUAUUCUGGCGUCAAUGUUUACGAGAUGGAAGUUAAUAACGUCGCCGUCAUGCGACGCCAGGCCGACGGUUGGCUCAACGCGACUCAGAUCCUCAAAGUUGCUGGUGUGGAUAAGGGCCGACGUACUAAGAUUCUGGAGAAGGAGAUACAGACAGGGGAGCAUGAGAAGGUCCAAGGGGGUUACGGAAAAUACCAGGGUACCUGGAUCCCCUUUGAGCGUGGCUAUGAGGUCUGCCGCCAGUACGGCGUAGAAGAGAUGCUUAUGAAGCUCUUGACGCACAAGCGAGGUCAGGAGGGGGAAGGGGCCGAUGUGGACACGCCGACCAAGGAGCAAGCCAUGGCCGCCCAGAGGAAGCGCAUGUACAAUGCGAGUUCGCAGGAGUCGCGCACCAACGGUAUGUCUGGCACCUUCUUCAAGAACAUCUCGUCUACAGCAUCCCACGCGAUAAACGCCAUCAGCAAGGCUCGAUUCGACUCCCCAGGGCCUCGAAAUCGCAGUGGCCCGAGCCGCGCUCCUAGUUUCCACCGCCAGUCAUCCAUGCAAGACGCCAACGAUAUUCCGGCAAACUCGCAACAAAGCUUCGUGUCCGACUACGGUCAUGCCGAAUCCGCUUUUGGAUCGCAGACAACCCAAGCAGCACCCGGUGAAACCGAUCAGCCUCCUAGGAAACGGCAGAGGGUACUCACGCCAGCGAAUAGUUUUGGAGGCUUAACCCCAACGUACCCCCAGAUCGAUGGGUACGCGGCCAACUACCCGGGGUCACCCACAGAGCCAAACGAAUCGUUCAUCUAUUCCCAGGCUGGCAUCCACGUCGAGCAGGAGCCAAAUUAUGCCCCCGGGCCGCUCCGGCCUCUACCGCACGAAAUGUCUCCCGAAGCUGAAGCGAAACGAAGCAUGCUCAUGGGGCUCUUCAUGGAUCCAAAUGGCCCGGAUGAGGCGAAAAAGAACGUCCUUCGCAGCAUGACUCCCCAGGAGCUUGAUAUGCCCAUCGACAACCAGAGCCAUACGGCCUUGCACUGGGCUGCAACCUUGUCUCGGAUGCCUCUCUUGAGGGCACUCAUUGAGGCCGGCGCAAGCCCAUUCCGUGUCAAUAAGGCGGGUGAGACGGCAUUGAUGCGCGCCUGCAUCGUGACCAAUUCAAUGGACCACAACUCAUUCCCAGAGUUACUGGACGUCCUGGGCGUCACAAUCGACGUGCGGGACGAUAAGGGCAGGACUGUGUUGCACCACAUCGCCGUGACAAGCGCUGUGAAGGGCAGGAACUCUGCGAGCCGGUACUAUCUCGAGAGUUUGUUGGAGUGGGUUGUGCGGCAAGGCAGCGCUCCGAGCAGCCAAAACCCCCAAGGCAGUUUCAGCGCACCUGCAAAGAUGGGCAUUGGCCGUUUCAUGAGCGAGAUUGUCAACGCCCAGGACAAUAGCGGCGAUACAGCGUUGAACAUCGCCGCGCGGAUCGGCAACCGAAGUAUUGUGUCGCAGCUCCUGGAAGUAGGGGCGGACCCCAACAUUGCCAAUCGCGCAGGCCUGAGACCUGUGGACUUCGGCAUUGGAACAGAUGUUGAAGGCCACCGGAAUGGCGAAAUAUCGGAGCGGAAUGGGGGCUCGCAGGGUUCGAAUCAGAAAACCAGGGAAAAUAGCGACGAGGUGGUCAGCUCUAUCACUCACCUCAUCAGCGAGUCGUCUUCACUCUUCCAGAACGAGUUGAAGAAGAAGCAGGAGGCUAUCGAUGCUCUGCACAGCUCAUUACGAACCACGUCGGCUCAGGUCGGCGAGGCUCGCCGUACCUUGGAGUCCUUACAAGAAAAGCUCAAGGCUCAGCAGCUCGCGCGCCAAAAGGUGAUCAACCUCAAGCGUGCAUGCCAGGAAGAAGAGUACCAGCUGCUUCAACUGGAACAGCGCCACGGCCGUCUGGAUGUUGACGCUGCCAAUGCAUGGGAGAUGGAGCUCGAAUCGAUCCUGGAUAAUAUUGCCGCAGCCAGGGCACAGCAACAACAACAACAACAGCAGCAGCAGCAGCAGCAACCCAGUGACAAUGGGUCAUACCAGAAAGUAGUAGAAGAGCAAGUUGCGCGCUUGCCCAGGGCGGCUAUUAUACGUGCGCGGCUCAACGCGUUGCGUGACCGCUCGGCUCAGACUCGCCGGGCAGUGGAGGCGCUCCGGGCUCGGAGCAAAGACAGGGAGCUUAAAUACCGGCGGCUGGUGGCGCUGUGUACGCGCCGGCCCGAGAAUGAGGUGGACGGGCUGCUGGACACGCUGACGAGGGCAGUCGAGUCGGAGAAAGGGGAGUUGGAGAUCGCAAGGGUCAGGAGAUUUUUGGGCGGGGUGGAAGGGGUCGCCUGAAGCCCAGUUUCACUCUACUGGGCUGCUUGUCGAGUGCCAUUGGUGUUGUACAUAGCAAUUUGUUGUUUUUUACCCGGAAUUUGUGUGCUUUGCCCUGAAAGGGGGAUCAUUAACUUGAUAGCAUGCUGGUUGUCGCACGCAUCUUUCAUCAGGCGUGUUUU